CUUUCUCCACGCAUCUCUAGCGAGCUCGUCUAUCGACAUGGACGCCAUUCUCUCCAAGCGCAAUGAGGUCCUCAGCUUGAACCCGCUCGUCGCCAACAUCGACAUCACGACGGCCGCGUCCGACUGGCUGUGGGCCGUUUUCGCCGUCAUGGGCCUGUCCGCCAUCAUCCUCCUCGUCCUCGGCCACGCUACUCGCCCGAUCGGCGAGCGCGCCUUCCACGAGCUCGCCGCCGCGCUCUGCUUCACUGCGUCCAUCGCCUACUACUCGAUGGCUUCGGACCUUGGCGCGACCCCCAUCGAGGUCGAGUUCAUCCGCGGCGGCACGCUCGGCCAGAACUGGGUCGACAUUGGCGUCCUCCGCCCUACCCGUUCGAUCUGGUAUGCGCGCUACAUCGACUGGACCAUCACCACGCCGCUCCUCCUCCUCGAGCUCGCCCUCACGACGGCGCUCCCGCUCAGCCAGAUCUUCGGCCUCGUCUUCUUCGACAUCGUCAUGAUCAUCACGGGCCUGCUCGGCGCUCUCACUGCGUCGCGCUACAAGUGGGGCUUCUUCGUCUUUGGUUGCGUCGCCAUGUUCUGGAUCUUCUGGGUCCUCUUCUUCCCUGCUCGCAAGUCGGCCUCGCACCUCGGGACCGACUACCACCGCGCGUACACCUCGUCGGCCAUCGUGCUUUGCACUCUGUGGACCGUCUACCCAAUUAUUUGGGGUGUGUGCGAUGGCGGCAACGUCAUUACGCCUACUUCGGAGAUGGUCGCCUACGGUGUCCUCGACCUUCUCGCCAAGCCCGUCUUCUCGUUCUGGCACGUGUUCCAGCUGUCGCGCCUCGACUACGCCCGCCUCGGCAUGUCGUCGUCCAAGGUCUCUGACGGCGCGCACCAGGGCCUCCUCAAGCCCGACCAGGGCCCGGCCUCGGCUACUGCGACGCCUCGCCCCUCGAACGCCGUCGUCGGCGACGGCACCGGCUUCCACCGCACCGGCGCGGCCAACACCGACAACGCCGUCUAAUCGCGCGUCCGCCAGGGCCCUCACGUUGUCGAGCGGUCCGAGCGGCUCGACCUUCCCCCCAAGUCGAGCUCUCUUCC